AUGCGAUCAUUAAGAACACCACAGGGUGGUAUUGCUGUCAUUUAUCGUCAUGGUGAAGACCAACGGCUGAUAACAUCGAAAACAAACCGAAACAAUCCAAAUAUAUUUUAUGUAUCAGCAAAUGAAGAACAUGUAAAAAUAUCGUCGACCGAAUUGGAAGAUAUUAGUUCGACACUAAUCCGAGAAAAGCUUAAGAAAAAUGAAGCUUGCGAACAUUUAACAUAUCCUUCAGUUUUAGAACAUCUAAAAACAAUACCACCCGAAAACCAAUAA